AAUCGGGUCCCGUAGCUCAGUUGGUUAGAGCGUUGGUCUUAUGAGCCGAAGGUCGCGGGUUCGAGCCCCGCCGGGACCAAUCAAUUUAUCGUUUUAUCAUAACCAAUCAAUCAGUAAUCAGUCAGUUAAUGACGAUGCGUGAACCAGUAAACCACGUUAACGUUUACCAGUUCAAAAUCUGACCAGUCAUUAUCCAAGAAAGAACCCAACGUCAAGUUAACUCUCUUGAUUUCAUCAGACAAAUCAGAAAUUCACAUUCCAAAAAAAAUCUAGAGAAACAAAUGUUGUGGGAGGAACCAGUCAAUCAUACAUAGGCACAGCCUAUCUACAUCAAAAACAUGUCAUGUUUGUUGUCCUGUCCCAUCUCCCUUGUGUUGAAUUUUCUCAGGAAAAAAAAUCUAAAGAGCAACCAACACUCACUGUGGCAAACCCCCCAGCUCUUCAUAUCAGUUGUUGAGCCCUUGAUUGAUGAGAGAGAUAUCAAAAACAUAUUUUUAAUAUGAUUUCUCUUUUUUUUUUUUUCUCUCUUUUCUGUUAGAUCAGCUUUUUAUUCUUUUUGAGACCAAAACAAAAAAUAGAGGAAAAGCUGGUAAUGGGCCAUGGUAAUCCACAUUCCACACCUACCCUUUUAUGAUUCUUUUCUUUGAUUUCAGGCUUUCCUUCUUCUUUACUACAACUUGUACUAUUGUUGUCACCACCUUUCCCUUUUUUACUCUUCCAAAAUCUUUGUUUUCAGUGCCUUCCUUCCUCCAAAAGUACCUCCUUUGACAGCUUUGUUGAUUCUUACAAUACCGUCUUCAUGUUUCUGUUAGUGGAUAGAGGGGUUGACUUUGAUAGUUGCCUAUUUGUUCAUUUGGUGACAUGCUUGCUUCUUGAGUUUGGGAACUGGUUGAUGCUUAGUUCAAUACAGACACUUACCAUCAGCAAUGGGUUCUGGAAAUUUGUUGAAGACAAUAAUAAAGAUAGUAAAAGAUGACAGCUCAAAGAAAGUGAAGGGAUCUUCAGCUUCUACAAAAUCCAAUGGCUUCAAAUGGAAGAAACGCCAGCAGAAGGCUUCCUCUAAAACAAGUUUUACUAGUGGAAAUUCCAACACUCUUGGCAUGCCAAUUGAGGAUUUUGCAGCAACUCGGAUUCAAACUGCAUUCCGAGGCUAUAGGGCCAGAAAAAAAUUACGUCAAUUGAAAGGUAUAGUAAGAUUACAGGCUCAAACCCAAACUUAUUCCAUCAAACAACAAGCUACAACAACAUUGAAUUAUCUUCAUUCGUGGAGCAACAUACAGGCUCAGAUAAGAGCUCGUCGACUCUGUAUGGUAACAGAAGGCCGUCUUAGACAGAAGAAAAAAAUGGCUCAGCUAAAGCUUGAGGCGAAACUACAUGACCUAGAGGUGGAAUGGUCUGGUGGCCCUGAAACAAUGGAGGCAGUUCUUACAAAAAUACAGCAGAGAGAAGAAGCAGCUGUCAAGCGGGAGCGAACUAUGGCAUAUGCCUUUUCCCAUCAGUGGAGGGCCCCGAACUCUACCAAUAAUGGGCUUGGUAAUUAUGAACUUGCUAAAGCUAAUUGGGGUUGGAGCUGGGUGGAACGCUGGAUUGCUGUUCGCCCAUGGGAAAGCCGCCUCCCUACUCACUCCAUCACCCCUAAGAAAGCGCAGAAUAGACAGAUAAGCAAGGCUGGUAAAAGCUCAAAUUCACCCAAACCAAAAGCAUCAGUUUCGGUUAAACCCCCUCUGUCCGACGGGAAAGGAACCAUGAAACCUAGGAGGUUGUCUUACCCUGGUGCUGAGAAACCGCCUGCACGUCGAGAAAGCACUAAAGCUGAAGAAGUGAACAAUAAAAAAGAAGACAUACUGGUGACUUAGCAGCAAGCCAAAGCAUUUGGUUUCCCAAAAUUCAUGUUGCCGAUAACUUACCGGCUAUAAGCGAGCACAUCCUAUUUUCUUUUAUUAGGUGUUGAAAAAUAUAUGUACUUGUACAAUGGUUUUGUUUCUAGCUUUUUGUACAUGAAUUGGCGAAGGUAUGCCUUGCAUAAGAACAGAAAUUAUAGAAUGGCUUGGUUUUGUGACACAAAUGGUGAUUCUUUCAUUUUCUUAUUUUUGUGUUCAUUUCAAUCAUCAUGAAAAGAGAAUAUGUUUUCUGGUAAUAUAAAUAUCCCGAUUCAAAUUCACUUUGUAU